GCGGCUGCACCACAAUGCCCCAGCGCUGCGGAGGAGGAAGCCUUGUGUUUAACAUGUAUCUCUCAGAUCCUACAGAAAAUUUACUGAAGGACAGUAAAAGUUCAUCGUGGAGCCCCAUAAACGCAGGAGUGCAGAAAGGCAGUGGUCAGAUUCAGCUGUGGCAGUUCCUGCUGGAGCUGCUGUCCGACAGCUCCAACACAUCCUGCAUUGCGUGGGAAGGGACGAAUGGUGAAUUUAAGCUGCUGGACCCAGACGAGGUGGCUCGGCGUUGGGGAGAGAGGAAGAGCAAACCCAGCAUGAACUACGACAAGCUGAGCCGCGCGCUGCGCUACUACUAUGACAAGAACAUCAUGAGUAAAGUUCACGGGAAGCGCUAUGCCUACAAGUUUGACUUCCACGGCCUGGCGCAGGUGUGCCAGCCCUCCUCCACCGAGCAGGCCCUCUAUAAACUGCAGACCAACUUCGCCCCCCUCCCCUUCUCAGGCAUCUCCAACAUCUCCAAACUGAACCUGGGACCCCCGGGGUUCUCCUACUGGCCUGCGUCCCCCCAGGCCCUGUACCACAGCCACGGCCUGCAGCCCGGAGCAUUCAGCACUGUUGCCCCUGCGCACCUGAGCUGCGUGAACAACAUCAACAACAUCAACAACCAUUACAACUGAGAGGAGAACAGCACACACAGUGAAAAACCCCCACUGCAGAUUGAACACCAACGGUAAUGGAUUAGCACAUUAAAGUACUGAAUUAACACCUGCAGUACUUAAUGAAUACAUACAGUACUUAAUACAUACAGUACUGAAUUAAUAACUACAAUACUUAAAUAAUACAUGCAGUAUGGCAUAAUAUCUACAGUACUUCAUUAAUACAUACACUACAGAAUAAAUAUCUAUGCUACUGACUCAAUACCGGCAGUAUAAAUAUAUACUUCAGGUGCUGAAUUAAUACAUAUAUACCAAAUGCACACAUACAGUGAUGAAUUAAUACAUACAAGUACUGAAUAAAUACCUACAGUACUGAAUGAAUACCUACAGUACUGAAUACAUACCAACAGAGCAGAAUUAAUACACAAAAUGCUGAAUAUAUAACUACAGUACUGAAUUAAUACAUGCAGUACUGAAUAAAUACCUACAAUAAUACAAUGUAUUAAAUAAUACAGUCAAUGCGUAAUACAGAUUUUCUGUAACAAUCAUACUGACAUUACUGAAUUAACACAGUGUUAGACUGAGUAGUGCUGAAUUAAUAACACUUUCGUCGCUGAAUUAAUAUUUACAGUGCUGAAUAAACACAUUACAGUGUUCUUUUGGUUAAAGCUAUGAGAUUUAAUUCAACACUGCAGGUGUUCAACAGUUUGGAAAAAAAACAACAUUGUAAUGUGUUCAUUUAGCCCUGUAAUGUAUAAAUUCUAUACUUGAAUAUAUUUUAUACUAAUGUAUUCAUUGAGUAUUGAAAUUUCUCAGUAUUCUGAUGGUCUUCUUCAUGUAGUGAUUGAAAACUGUUGUGUUCAUUCAGUACUGAAGUGUAUUAAUUCAGCACUGUAUUUCAUUUGAUACUGAAACAUUAAUUGAGAAUUCUAUGUGUUCAGUACUUUCAUUAGUUCAGUACUGCAAUUUGUUUAUUCAGUACUGCAGUGUAUUCAAUUGGUAAUAUAAUGUAUUUGUUCAGUUAAUGUGUUCGCUCCAUACUGUAAUGUAUUCAUUCAGCACUGUAAUGUGUUUAGAACGUUAAUGUCUUUGGAACUUAAAUGUAUUCAUCGAGUAUUGUAAUGUGUUCUAUACAGUACUCUAUUUUUUUGUUGGUACUCUUUGUAUUUUGUUGGUACAUUAAUGUUUUCAUGGAGUACUGUAAUGUAUUCACUCAGUCCUGAAAUAUGCUGAUUCAGUACUGUAAUGUAUUUUGUUGGUACGUUAAUGUUUUCAUGUAGUACUGUAAUGUGUACACUCAGUGCUGUAAUUUGUUCACUCAGUACUGUAAUGUAUUCAACGAGUACUGUACUGUAUUCACUCAGCACUGUAAUGUGUUCACUCAGUACUAUAGUGGGUUCGCUCAAUGCUAAAAUGUGUUCACUCAAUGCUAAAAUGUGUUCACUCAGUGCUGUAAUGUGUUCACUCAGUACUGUUAUGUGUUCACUCAGUACUGUAGUGUGUUCACUCAGUGCUGUAAUGUGUUCACUCAGUGCUGUAAUGUGUUCACUCAGUGCUGUAAUGUGUUCACUCAGUACUAUAAUGCGUUCACUCAGUACUGUAGUGUGUUCACUCAGUACUAUAGUGUGUUCACUCAGUGCUAUAAUGUGUUCACUCAGUGCUGUAAUGUGUUCACUCAGUACUGUAAUGUGUUCACUCAGUGCUAUAAUGUGUUCACUCAGUACUGUAAUGUGUUCACUCAGUACUGUAAUGUGUUCACUCAGUGCUAUAAUGUGUUCACUCAAUACUGUAAUGUGUUCAUUCAGUACUGUAUUGUUUUCACCCAGUACAGUAAUGUGUUCACUGAGUACUAUAAUGCAUUCACUCAGUGCUAUAAUGUGUUCAUUCAGUGCUGUAAUGUGUUCGCUCAGUACUGUAGUGUGUUCACUCAGUACUAUAAUGUGUUCACUCAGUACUAUAAUGUGUUCACUCAGUGCUGUAAUGUGUUCACUCAGUACUGUAGUGUGUUCACUCAGUACUAUAAUGUGUUCACUCAGUACUGUAAUGUGGUCACUCAGUACUAUAGUGUGUUCACUCAGUGCUGUAAUGUGUUCACUCAGUACUGUAGUGUGUUCACUCAGUACUAUAAUGUGUUCACUCAGUACUAUAAUGUGUUCACUCAGUGCUGUAAUGUGUUCACUCAGUACUAUAGUGUGUUCACUCAGUGCUGUAAUGUGUUCACUCAGUACUGUAAUGUGUUCACUCAGUACUGUAAUGUGUUCACUCAGUACUAUAAUGUGUUCACUCAGUGCUGUAAUGUGUUCACUCAGUACUGUAGUGUGUUCACUCAGUACUAUAAUGUGUUCACUCAGUACUAUAAUGUGUUCACUCAGUGCUGUAAUGUGUUCACUCAGUACUAUAGUGUGUUCACUCAGUACUGUAAUGUGUUCACUCAGCACUGUAAUGUGUUCACUUAGUGCUGUAAUGUGGUCACUCAGUACUAUAGUGUGUUCACUCAGUACCAUAAUGUGUUCACUCAGUACUGUAAUGUGUUCACUUAGUACUGUAAUCUGUUCCCUAAGUGCUAUAAUGUGUUCACUCAGUACAGUAAUGUGUUCACUCAGUACUGUAAUGUGUUCACUCAAUGCUGUAAUGUGUUCACUCAGUACUGUAAUGUGUUCACUCAAUGCUGUAAUGUGUUCACUCAGUACUGUAAUUUGUUCACUCAGUGCUGUUAUGUGUUCACUCAGUACUGUAAUGUGUUCACUCAGUACCGUAAUGUGUUCACUCAGUACUGUAAAGUGUUCACUCAGUACCGUAAUGUGUUCAUGUUGAUGUGUGGGGGUUUCACUGUGAGUACUGUGGUCCACAGUGAUGUUGAUGAAAGUCCAGCUGGGUUAGCAGAUUACAGCUGUGUGAUGCUGGUGAAGGACAUGCUGCAGUUUCACGAGAAUGACGGCUCUUCAGUUUUGCUGAAAAAUUGCAGAUGCUUUAUUCUUCUUUACGUUUCAUGGUGACGGGCUCAGCUGAAGCCCAGCUUAGUGCUCAAGCUCAAGCUUUGUCGAGCAGUGGUGUUGAUAAAGUGAUGUGGCGCCAUCUCAUGGAGGGCAGUCAGUAACAUUUUACCCCUGAUGAUUAUGUAGAAACAUGAUUCAGUCUAUUAUAUUUCUACAGUGGUCUGGAAAACUGCAAUUCAAACGUGCAGGAUAAUCAGCUCAUAUUUGUCCUUGGUUUUAGUUUUUAGUCAUAUUUUUGAUAUUUUUCGACUAUUCUUUGUGAAAAUGCAUCUCUGUGCUAAUCUGUUGUUCAGAGGGUUAGUUAUAAAUGUAUCUGUCUAACAUCCUUAAUGUUUCCUCAGAAUUUUGAUCACAGAGCUUUUUUUUACUCUAGGUGUGUCUGAAUCUCCUACAAUGUUCACUGUGUUAACAAUACUGUAACUAUGAUGCUUCGCACUCAGUUCAGCUCAGCGUUUUCAGAAGGAAGGGUAAACACGUCUCUGGGUGAGUUGCAGCCUCAGUAACACUGCAGCGGGUGAAUGAGUGAUGUGUAAGUUAAAGGAUAAACCGUGUAGAAAGGCUUUCUGCUUUCUGUUCACUAGUGACAUCCAGUUUAUUCAAUAAAGUCACUACACACUGA